AUGUCCAUAAAACUUUGCCAGCGGGCCUGGAUAGAGCGAGUAUUCUGUAAGAGAGAAUGCAUUAAGUUCAUCCCAAGUUCCAGAGAUCCUACCAGAUGCUGCUGUGGGCGUGAAGAAGAAAGACAUGGGACACUGAUUCGAGAAAUCAGUGCUGAUUACACAGAAGAACGGUGGCACCCGCUCCGUCACACCGAGGUCAAGCCAACUGAUGCAUAUGGAACCAUAGAAUUUCAAGGAGCACCCCACCCAAUAAAUGAACUGCUAUCAAUUAUCUAUUACACAGCACAUCCAACUUCUCCUCCCCUCUUUAUAUACACUUGCCAAGUUCCCAUUUGCUUCCAUCCAUAUAAAUAUCCCUCCUCUAUCACUAAUUUUUCAACUGGUUACUGGUUGUUUCUUCUUUUUUUUCCCCCCCUUUUUUUUCCUUUUUUUUCUUUCUUUCCUUUUUUCUUUUUUUUUCCUUUUUUCUUUUUUUCUUUUUUUCUUUUUUUCUAUUUUUUCUUUUUUCUUUUCUUUUUCUUUUUUCUUUCCUUUUUUUCUUUCCUUUUUUUCUUUCUUUUUUCUUUCCUUUUUUUCUUUCUUUUUUCUUUCCUUUUUUUCUUUCUUUUUUCUUUCCUUUUUUUCUUUCUUUUUUCUUUCCUUUUUUUCUUUCUUUCUUUUUUUUCCUUUAGCUUUCACAGUGCAUUUUCUUUUAUUGCUAAAUUUUGGUUCAUUAUUUCUAUCAAUUUCUCUUUUACUUCACUAACCUCAACCCUAACCUCUGCCACCUUUCUCUCUGUCUGUCUGUCACAUCUCUUUCUCACUUUUUUAUUUCUUACUCUCUCUGUUGCCCUUUUUCUCUCUCACACACCCUUUUUCUCUCUCACACACCCUUUUUCUCUCUCACACACCCUUUUUCUCUCUCACACACCCUUUUUCUCUCUCACUCACCCUUUUUCUCUCUCUCUCACUCACCCUUUUUCUCUCUCUCUCCCUUUUCUCUCUCUCUCUCCCUUUUCUCUUUCUCUAUCUCUCUCUCCCUUUUCUCUUUCUCUAUCUCUCUCUCCCUUUUCUCUUUCUCUAUCUCUCUCUCCCUUUUCUCUUUCUCUAUCUCUCUCUCCCUUUUCUCUUUCUCUCUCUCUCUCCCUUUUCUCUUUCUCUCUCUCUCUCCCCCUCUCUUUCUCUCUCUCUCUCCCUUUUCUCUUUCUCUUUUCUCUUUCUCUCCCUCUCUCCCUUUUCUCUUUCUCUCUCUCUCUCCCUUUUCUCUCUCUCUCUCCCUUUUCUCUCUCUCUCUCCCUUUUCUCUCUCUCUCUCCCUUUUCUCUUUCUCUCUCUCCCUUUUCUCUUUCUCUCUCUCUCUCAUUCACUUUUCUAUCUCUCUCUCUCUCCUUCACUUUUCUAUCUCUCUCUCUCUCCUUCACUUUUCUAUCUCUCUCUCUCUCUCCUUCACUUUUCUAUCUCUCUCUCUCUCCUUCACUUUUCUAUCUCUUUUACCCUCUCCUUCACUUUUCUAUCUCUUUUACCCUCUCCUUCACUUUUCUAUCUCUUUUACCCUCUCCUUCACUUUUCUAUCUCUUUUACCCUCUCCUUCACUUUUCUAUCUCUUUUACCCUCUCUAUCACCCUUUUUCUCACUUUCACUUUUUCUCUCUUUUGAUGCUAGGAAAUAUUAG